UUGGGGACCCCCUGGGAUUGGGGAUGAGCCGGGGGGGGCGGCAGGGGGGGGACAACGUCCCCUCGGAGCUGCUGGAGCAGCAGGAGAACCUGAGGAUCUUCGAGCUGCUGGGCAGGAAAUGCGUGACCCUGGUGACAGCCGUGGUCCAGCUGCUGGUGGGUCCCGGGGGGGUCCCGGGGGGCUCCUGGAGCCUUCGGGGCUGCGGCGUCGCCUGCCUGGUGCGGGACAGCCCCCGGCGCUCCUACUUCAUCCGCAUCUUCCGCCUGCCCGCCGGGGAGCUCUGGUGGGAGCAGGAGCUGCAGGGGGGGAUGGGCUACAAGACCCCCACCCCCUUUUUCCACACCUUCGUCAGCCACGAGGGGUGGGCGGGGCUGAACUUCGCGUCCGAGGCCGAGGCGGCGACGUUCGAGGGGCGGGUCCAGGAGCGGCUGCGGCGGCGACAGCAGCGGGGGGAGAAGCAGCUGCUGCCCCCUCCCCCACCCCCCGGCCACGAGCGUCGGGGGAGCCUCCCCAGGACCCCCAACCCUGAUGGCCCCCCAAUUCCGGCCGUGCCCAUCCCCAACCCCGACAUCACCCCCAGCCGCUACCGGGGGCUGCCCAACCCCCCCUCGGGCCCCUCCCCCACACCGGGGACCCCCCCCCAGGCCGGAGCCCCCCCUGGGGGGGAGCAGAAAAAGGGGGGGGGGCGCAAGAAAAUCUCCAAGGCCGAUAUUGGGGCCCCCUCCGGCUUCAAGCACGUCGGGCACAUCGGGUGGGACCCCAGCGGGGGAUUCGAUCUGGCCGCCCUGGACCCGGCCCUGCGGUCACUCUUCGCCCAGGCCGGGGUCAGCGAGCGCCAUUUGGCCGACGCCGAAACCUCGCGGCUCAUCCACGACUUCAUCGAGCGGCGCGGGGGCCUGCAGGCGGUGCGGGAGGAGAUGGGACGGCAAGGACCGCCCCCUCCCCCACCGGGCCGUGGGAGCCCCGCCCCUUCCCCCGCCCCUCCCCCCUCCUCCAGCCGCUCCCCCUCGGGGGCGCCGUCUCCCCCCGCCACCCCCCCGGGCCGGGGGGCGCUGCUGGACCAGAUCCGCCAGGGGGUGACGCUCAACAAGACCCCUGAGACCCCCGAGGUGGGCGCGGGUCCCGGCGCAGGGGGGCUCGUGGGGGCCCUCAUGGACGUGAUGCAGAAACGGAGCCGCGUCAUCCAUUCCUCGGAUGACGGCACAGCCAGCGAGGAUGAGGAGGACGAUGAUGAAUGGGACGAUUGAGCCCCUCCCCCACCCCGGGUUUGGAAGCCCCUCCC